CUUUCCCGGCCCCGCCUCGCCGCGCCGCUCGCCGCCGGGCUAUCACUGACGUGUCUCUCGGCUCAGGAAACCUGCUCCGCCGCUCGCGGCGUCGCCUCACUCGAAGUGGAGCGCAGUCGGAGCAGGACGUGGAUUUGGAUCACCCGCCGCCAUGGCGAUCAAAUUUCUGGAAGUCAUCAAGCCAUUCUGUGUCAUCUUGCCGGAAAUUCAGAAGCCAGAGAGAAAGAUUCAGUUUAAGGAGAAAGUGUUGUGGACAGCCAUCACCCUCUUCAUCUUCCUAGUAUGCUGCCAGAUUCCCCUGUUUGGCAUUAUGUCUUCAGACUCAGCCGACCCUUUCUACUGGAUGCGAGUGAUUUUGGCCUCUAACAGAGGUACCUUGAUGGAGCUGGGCAUCUCUCCUAUUGUUACCUCUGGCCUUAUCAUGCAGCUCUUAGCUGGUGCCAAGAUAAUUGAAGUUGGGGACACCCCAAAAGACCGAGCUCUCUUCAAUGGAGCCCAGAAGUUGUUUGGAAUGAUCAUUACUAUCGGUCAGUCCAUUGUGUAUGUGAUGACGGGCAUGUACGGGGACCCUUCAGAGAUGGGUGCUGGAAUCUGCCUGCUGAUCACCAUUCAGCUCUUUGUUGCUGGCUUAAUUGUCCUACUUUUGGAUGAACUCCUGCAGAAAGGGUACGGCUUGGGCUCUGGCAUCUCUCUUUUCAUUGCUACCAAUAUCUGUGAGACUAUUGUUUGGAAGGCAUUCAGCCCCACCACUGUCAACACUGGCCGAGGGAUGGAAUUCGAAGGUGCCAUCAUUGCACUCUUCCACCUGCUGGCUACCCGCACAGACAAGGUCCGAGCCCUCCGAGAGGCAUUCUACCGCCAGAAUCUCCCUAACCUCAUGAACCUGAUUGCCACCAUCUUCGUCUUUGCUGUUGUCAUCUAUUUCCAGGGCUUCCGAGUGGACCUUCCAAUCAAGUCGGCGCGUUACCGAGGCCAGUACAACACCUAUCCCAUCAAGCUCUUCUACACCUCGAACAUUCCCAUCAUCCUGCAGUCCGCUCUGGUGUCCAACCUGUAUGUCAUCUCCCAGAUGCUAUCAGCACGCUUCAGUGGCAACCUGCUGGUUAGCCUACUAGGCACCUGGUCGGACACGUCAUCUGGAGGCCCUGCCCGUGCUUAUCCAGUCGGUGGCCUGUGUUACUACCUGUCUCCUCCGGAAUCAUUCGGUUCAGUGCUGGAGGACCCUGUCCAUGCGGUCGUGUACAUUGUAUUCAUGCUGGGCUCUUGUGCAUUCUUUUCCAAAACAUGGAUCGAAGUUUCGGGUUCUUCUGCCAAAGAUGUUGCAAAGCAGCUGAAGGAGCAGCAGAUGGUAAUGAGGGGCCACAGGGAGACUUCCAUGGUACAUGAGCUCAACCGGUAUAUCCCCACAGCUGCGGCCUUUGGUGGGCUUUGCAUUGGGGCCCUCUCCGUCCUGGCUGACUUCCUGGGUGCUAUAGGAUCUGGAACUGGGAUCCUGCUGGCAGUCACCAUCAUCUACCAGUACUUCGAGAUCUUCGUCAAGGAGCAGAGUGAGGUGGGCAGCAUGGGAGCCCUCCUCUUCUAAGCCUGUGUGCCCAUGGACCAGGGUGAGGGCACAGGCUCCAGAAGCACCCAGGAAGGAUGCUCUUACCACUCUGGAGCAUGCUACUGUGGCAUAGGGACUUUAAAGAUUUUUGGUUUUUUGGUUUUUUUUUUUCGUUUGUUUUUGUUUUUUGUUUUUUGUUUUUUUUUUUUCUUCAUAGCUUUCAUUCCACUGUGUAAAGUGCUAGGAAAUUUCCAGUCUGAAAUUUUGCUUUUUAUUCUGGCAUUGGCAAAAAACCAAUGGAAGUGACUUGUUAGCUGAUGGCCAGAGGGUGGUAAUAACCAAUUGUCCCCAAAUAUCCAAUGUAAUUUUUUUUUUAACUCUUGCACUUCUCAGUGCCUGGCAGCUGCAAGGGUCUCAACUGCUCCUGGGCAGUCUGUGGCCCUGGUUGAAGGAAGCACAAACUAGGAGAUGUCUGCAUCUCAUCUGGGCAUGCAGAUGGGCGAGGAUCUGCCUGUCUGCCAUUGCCAGCAAGCAGGGAUUGCAGGCAUUACCUGGAGCCUAGCCAAGCUAGGUAGAUGGGCUUGUGUAAAGGGCCCUCAGGCUUGCUCUCCCCAGUUCCCACUAGAAGGGGCACUCCUGUGGUGGCCACCUCUGUCUUCCUACUGAGAACUUCCUGUUCCAGGUUUUAGAAUUUUCUUAUUGUUGUUAGGACCAAAUAUAGACUGGCUCAAGAUCUAUAAGAAAAUCACACCAGGGUUUGGAGAUCUCUUAGGGAAGUUGCUUAGAAUCUUGUCUGGAGUUAAGGUUUGGGGGGUAACAGGUAACAUGGGGCUGGUUUAGGAGAUGUAGGCCUAUAGGAGAGGCCCCUCUCAAGACAGAUACUGCCUAGCAGCAAGGAUGCAAGGCUGCGGUUUGGGGUCAGAGCAACUAGAAAUUCUUUAACUUACUGUAAGACACAGGAGGAUCCAGGUUGUUGACAUAGCAGGGAAGAGCCAGGGGAAUGUGCAGCCAUGUAGUCCACCAGCAGCAGGCCACCUGGGUUCACCACACCUCAAUGGACACAGCAAAUGCCUCCCUGACCCAGGGCUCCUAGGGACUCUUGCUGCUAUGCUUGCCAGCAAAUGGCAAUCAAGGGACAGUUAGCUACUUGCCCCGACACAGGUCAGCAGCAGGGCCACAUCCCUUGCCCACAGCCCAGGACUCACACCAUAUCACACGUGGCCUUGUCUAGACCCAGUCCUGAGCAGAGGAGCCUGGUGCCCUCCCAGUCCACAGGGUCUUCCCACUGCCCCUCCUCUGCCACUGCCACAGAGCAGCAGGACCCCCACCUACCCUAGGGACUCUCACAGCUUCUGGCAAGCAGGUCUCUGGGCUGUGCCGGGGAGUCAGGCUGAGGAGCCCACAGCCUCACCUGCUGCUGUAGCUGUCAGCUGGGCCUGGUGGCCUGUGGUGGAUGGUCACCAUUAUUGAGUGAGUGGGAAUGGCCUGGCUUCAGAGAGGACUGUCACUGUGGACACCAAAAUGGCUUAACUGAGAUACAGUGAAAACAUGACAAAUAAACCGACUUUUUACAA